AUGGGUGAGGGGCCACUCCGUUGCAGUAUCUGCUCGACAGAGUUUACGAAACCCGAUCAUCUAAAUCGACAUCGUCUAUCUCACACAGAUCAACGUGAAUUCCAAUGCCAAUUCUGUCCUCAAAGCUUCAACCGCCGCGACGCUCUGCUUCGACAUUGGAGAACAUGUGAGAAACGUCUCAAAUCCGGCACAUCGCCUCCCGUUCUACGACCAACACCUCCGCACACCCUGGCAGCCAAAUCCCAGGAGAUCAUCAUGGGCAUCCUGAGCGCCGCAGACCUUUCUCGAAAACCCGGCUUCAGCCCACAUCAGUCUUCCUGCACACAGUUCUUCUCUCCGACCAACCUCGAAUCGUUCCUGGACGUUUUCUUCCAGAUAUGGUACCCGAACUGGCCCGUCUUCCACAAACCGACCUUCUAUGCAGCCCAAAAAUCGCCUCAAUUGAUAGCCGCCCUCUCAUUGAUCGGCGCAUGCUUGAGUCCCGAACCCAAUGAUCGAGAACAAGCGACCUUAUGUAUAGACGCCGUCGAAGAGUGGAUAUUCUCGAGUUUGGAGCUUUGCGAAGAUGCAGUCCAUGGACUUCUUCAAGUCCGCGAACGACUCGACCUCGUACAGGCCGCUUACGCCCUCGUCUUACUCAUGAAUUGGGAAGGCUCCAAAGUACAACAAACAAGAGCGCGAAGAAGAUACUUUUCGGAAAUUGUCUCUGUUUCUCGAAGUCUGUAUCCGUUUGCAAUGGCGGCUGAUACGACCGAUGCCUGGAUGAACUUUGCGCUCCGGGAAGAGUGUAUCCGCACUCUUCUGUACAUCUUUUUGCUGGACUGUGCCUUUGUCAUAUUCCACAAUUCGGUUCCGCGCAUGGUUGUUACUGAGUUACGGUUCCGUCUGGCGAGUUCAGAGGAACUCUUCCUCGCUCCAGAUCCUGAGACUUGGGCAGCGCUUCAAGUCGAUUCCCACAUUCAGCGAAUCACACUCUACCAAGCAAUCGAUAUGAUGAUGACUGAAGAGAUUGGUCCGGAGCAAUGGAAGGUAUUCAAGAGGAUGAGUUUAUUGAACACUUUCACCAUCAUCAGCGCUCUACACAAUCUCAUCUUCCAUCAUCACGGACCGAAGUCGCAAGCGAUCACAAGAGGUUUAAGAAAUUGGUUUCACGUCUGGUCAAACCGUGACUUUUCGACACUCGAAGACCGGCCCAAGAGCGAUAAGAUCGGAUUCUAUUGCCAUGCUGUGGAGUACUGGUGUCUUGCGAUACUCUUCUGUCGACAACAUGAGCUUGGGUUGGAUGCUCAAGGCAUUGAUGUGCCACGGAUGGCGAAUGAGACAUCGGAUAUGAGCGGGCUUCACAAGAUGAUCACACAAUUCCAGGGAGUGGACUUCAGAGGGUUGUUAGCUAUGUAG